AUGCAGAAAAAAAUAAGUAGAAGGGUUACCUUUAGUCCUGAUGUCAAUGAUAAACCAAGAAUCUAUCCGAAACGUGGCUGCCGAACUAAAGUUGAUAGGAACAAGAAGAAGGUCAUCGGAAUAGGGAGUUUCAAUUUUUCCCGAAUCUCAGUAAGCUCCGGAUAUUCAGCUUCCGAAUUCUUUAGGCAUAUUGGAGAAAACAUUGCAAGAGCUCUGCAGUUUGUGAGGUCUUCGCGUAAAGUUUCGUCUGCUAGUUUGGCAAGAUCAAAGUCCUAUGCUGAAACACUUGAUUCUCAGCGAGCCGAGGCUAUUGAGGAUUGCAUUGAGUUCUUGAAUUCCUUCUCAUCAUUGAAAAGAUCAAAUUCAGUUAAUAGUUCUUGCUAG